UUAGCUUAGAUGUUUAAUUUCGACAUUGGCAGACAUCCAUCCACAGAUCUUCUGAAUUAGCCAUGUCGGUCCGUCGCAGUAGUAAGACGUUCACCACUCGGAGUGUGUUCGGGUCAGCUGGCCAUGGUUCCGCUGGUGGACUGGUCAUGAACGGAUUGGGGAGUUCAAUGGUCAAUUUGUCUUUUGGUGCACAAAACUAUGGCAGCGCUGGGGGCUACGGUGCGCGCCUCUCCAGAUCUUUGUCCACUUCAUCCUUGACGACGGCUGUUAAUGAGGUUCAGCUGUAUCCCAACGAGAAGCAGACCAUGCAGAACCUCAAUGACCGACUGGCAUCUUACCUGGAGCGGGUGCGCUCUUUGGAGCAGGCCAACAAGAAACUCGAGCUGCAAAUUAAGGAGUUUUAUGACAACAAGAGCCCGAUGCAGAGCAAAAACAUGAGUGGUUAUUUGACAACCAUUUCUGAGCUCAGCAUACAGAUUCACAGUCGUUUUAUGGAGAACGCAAAGCUCCGUCUGAAGCUGGGCAACACCAAGCUCGCCACUGAAGAUUUCCACUUGAAGUAUGAGACUGAACUGAACUUGCGUUCAGUUGUGGAAGCAGAUUCGGCUCGACUGCGAGGGAUUCUGGGAGAGAUGAAGCUGUCCAUUGGAGACCUGGAUAACCAGCUAACUGGACUGAAAGAGGAGUUGCUGUACAUGAAGAAGAGCCACGAGGAGGAUCUUCAUUUGUUGCGAGAGAGGCAAAGCGGCUCUGUGAACGUGGAGAUGGACUGUGCAGCUCAGCCAGAUCUUGAUAAGGAGUUGCAGGAGAUGAGAGCUCAGUAUGAGAUGCUUAUUGAGAAAAAUCGCAGGGAGGCUGAAAGAUGGUUCCAGAGCAAGGCAGAGGGGUUGCAGACUCAGGUGACCACCAGCUAUACUGAAGUCAAGACAUCUCAGACUGAGCUCACUGAUGUGAAGAGAACAUUCCAGAGCCUGGAGAUAGAAGUACAGGGGGCUCUCACAAUGAAACAAAACCUGGAGCAGAGUUUGGCUGAUGUGGGCGUACGCUAUACUGUCCAGCUGAGUCAGCUGCAGUUGCAAAUAGACCACCUGCAGGACGAGCUACAGAGACUCAAUGCCAACAUCCGACAACAGGCUUCCGAGUACAAUCUGCUGCUGGACAUCAAGAUGAGGCUGGAGAUGGAGAUCGCUGAAUACAGGAGGCUGCUGGGAGGAGAAGCUCAAACGACCGUCAUAAGCACGUCUGAGUCUUCCAUGACUAAAACCUCCAUGACAGAGACAGAAACAGUGACCAAAACAAUGGAGAUAAAGGAAGAGGAAGAGCAUAACCCUCACCUCCAGCGCAGAGUGAAGGUCAUUGUGGAGGAGAUCGUGGAUGGCAAAGUCGUAUCUUCUUCUGUUGAGGAGAAUAUCCAUGAAAUUAGCUGAGAAGAUAAUGCUAUAACAAAAAUAAUCUUAUAUGUAGACUCUAAUGACAAAUGGUGUUUGAUUUGUUGUGUUUUGGAUAAUAGCCACUAGGUGUCGCUGUAUAUCAAUUAAACGAUCAGCUAGUCUAAAUUAAUUCAAGGUGAGGGUUGAAACUAAAGUACAAGUAAGAGAGUGAGAUAGCGACAUGGUCAGUGUGAGGCAAAGAAGUUUUUUUUUGUUUUUG